AUGUACAUCACUUCGAAAUUACCGCCGGAAGUCACAGAGCUCAUCCAUAAAUACGGACAUUUGUAUGAGCAAGCUCUCUUCAGAGGCCGAUCCAUUUACCUUUUUGUCAUGUUUCUCGUAUUCCUAAAUAUUCUACUACAUCCGCUUCCGGUUUUGCGACGCGUCAAGAAUGCGUACACGUACAAGAUGAAAGAAUUGGAGCACGAGGAGCAGGAUCUUUUCUUCGUUUCUGCCUAUUAUUAUGGAAAAGAGUAUAGGUUUUUUGGGAGGAUAAAUGUUUCAUUGUUCAGCUUUUUUUCAGUCUUUACGAGAAUCAGUUGUCCCUGGUGUUCGUGGCCCCGAGGGACGCCCAAUGGGAACGACGGAAAAUUGUGGUCAUACGGAGCAACGAGACGAACGCUGUGCUCGAAAGUAUGAAAGUUCAUAGGUUGGCGAGCAAUUUGACAGAAUUAAAAAGACGGUAUAUUUCAGAGCUUCCCCUCAUAACAUUUGCAAAUUCGUCACUUUAGUCGGGAAAGUAGUACUGAAAGACGAGCUGGUCAACCUGGAGAUUCUCGUGAAUCGGAACGUUGCAAAUAUUCAUUAUUUGCCAGCGGACAAUGUUCGGAGAGACCUCGUGGUCUGCACUCCGCUCAUUUAUAAAAGUGUCCGAUGGCAGAACGUUCUACUCGCCACGCAUGUAUUCUCUCAGUUCGUCGCUCAACUUUCAACCAGAACGACAGUCUUUCCAUUCCAGAUUCGGAGGACACCUUCAGUCCUACGUCUCCAGUGCUACACCUCCGUUCUUCGAACUUUUGAUCGAAUUGAAGAGGCUCAAAGGAGUUUCCGUCGACGCUCUGCCCGACUUUUACGGAUCCUCCAACCUCGAAGAGAUUGAAUUCGGGGGAGUGACAGUUGCAAACUGCGAUUGUCUCAAUAAGUACAGGGUCUGUUCGUACCGCCCAUUCUCCCGAAGAACACGGAAUUUCAGAGUUCCGCCCGGUUUAUCACCUUUCUCGAGUGGGACGAACUCCUCAUUCCGAAAACACACACAUCGUACUUUUUAGAAUUUGCGCACUUUUUUGAAUCGGAUAUUUAUGUAGGACUUUUGGAGUUUAA